CCCAACCGUACAUCAGUGGCGCCUUGAUGAUCUGGUGCUGAAGCGAAGAGGAAAACGGAGCGGAAGACGGGCUUGAUGCAACGCUGUCCGCGUUUAGCUCAGCGGACCAAAUUAGAUGCGAUGUGAGCUGACAGAAAGGCCCUUAAAGACGCGACCGCUGCUGACUGUAGCUUCCCUCAAAACCCGAAUAGAAGCCGUGUCGCUGGACUAAACCGAUUCAGCCAUGGCCGCUGAUAGCUGCGUGUUGGUGUGGUCUGAUGCGUGUGUCUCUGUGUGUCCCCUCUCCCUGGCAGUCACGCCGGAGGCCAUCGGCUUCCUCUCGGCCGUGGGCGUCUUCGUGGUCCUGCUGGCCAUCCUCUUCCUCUUCAUCAACAAGAAGCUGUGCUUCGCCCGCGUCGGGGGCCUGCCCUGCCUGGAGCAGUACAGCCGGCGCCGGCGCAAGGAGCGCGGCGUGCACAAGGGCCUGGUGAACAGCUUUGGCGAUGAUGGGGAGCAGUCGAGCUCGUCGGACAGCGAGGACGACGUGGCGAAGCAGUUCGAGAUUUCCGUUUCGCGGUCGCAGAGCUUCCGCUCGGGUGCCCAAGAGGCGGGCAGCGCGCAGGGAGCGCCAGGCCGCCAGCACAAGUUCACCCGCCUGCUAUCCGACCAGGAAGAGGGCACCACUGAACCCUCAGACUGUGAGGACAUGGACGCCGUGAGCCAUGGCAGUUUCCGGGACCCGCUGACCUCCAGGCCUGUGUCCCGCUCAGGGGCCGAGGACAAGCGGCCCAUCCGCGACCCCCUCCACGCCUGCGGGGACGGAGACAGAGACUCCCUGGGCUCCCAGGAGCCGGCGGAGACACGGGAGGAGACCGUCACCCCCACGCCCGCGCCCACCCCCAGGGAGAGGGGCGGCAGCAGCAGGGCGAGCAGCCGGGCGAGCAGCAGAGCCAGCAGCCGGGCGGGCAGCCGGGCAGAGAGCCAGGCAGGCAGUGGCACGGGCAGCCGCGGAGGCAGUCGGCAGGGGCGGCGUAGGACCCCCGACAGCCUGGAGAUGGUGGAGUCCACGGGCAUGGAGAACCAGGCCUACGACCACGAGGGCACCGACAGCUCCUCCACCUGGAGCCCAGAGCCAGAGCAGCCUCCAGGGGACCCCCUCUCUGUGUCCCCCCGCAUCCCCAUCUCCAAGUGCGGCGAGCUGGUGGUGGUCCUCGACUACCGGCCCACCUCCGCCAAGCUAAUGGUCACCGUGGUGACGGCGCGCGGCAUCCCGGACAAGGCGCGCAGCGGCAUGGACUCCUGGCAGGUGCACGCCGUCCUGCUGCCCGCCAAGCGCCAGCGCCACAAGACGGGCGUGCAGCGCGGCUCCUGCCCGCGCUUCGACGACACCUUCCGCUUCGCCCACCUGGAGCCCGGCGAGCUGGCGGCGUCGGCGCUGCGGCUGCGGCUGUACGCGCUCGGGCGCAUGAGCCGCGAGCGCAUGAUGGGCGAGGCCGUGUACCGGCUGGCCAAGCUCAACGCCGCCGCCAACACCGGCGAGACCGAGGUCAUCCUCACCCUGGAGCCGCGCAGCAACCUGAGGAACGCUGGCUCUCAGCAGAGUCUCUCGGCCGUGUCCCAGAGCGACAGCGCCUCGUCCAGCCAGUCUCUGGCCCACGGCGGGGCCCCGGAGCUGCUGGUGGGUCUGGCCUACAACCCCACCACCGGACGCCUGGCCGUGGAGCUCAUCAAGGGCAGCCACUUCCGCAACCUGGCCCUCAACCGCCCACCUGACACGUAUGGCAAGCUCACCCUGCUCAACUCCAUGGGCCAGGAGAUCUCGCGCUGCAAGACGUCGGUGCGGCGCGGCCAGCCCAACCCCGUCUACAAGGAGACCUUCGUCUUCCAGGUGGCCCUCUUCCAGCUGUCGGACGUCACGCUCAUGGUGUCCAUCUACAACCGGCGCAACAUGAAGCGCAAGGAGAUGAUCGGCUGGCUGGCACUGGGCCAGAACAGCAGCGGGCGCGAGGAGCUGCUCCACUGGCAGGACAUGAAGGAGAGCGGCAACCAGCAGGUCUGCCGCUGGCACCCGCUACUGGAGGGGUAG